GGUGACUGUGCAGCAGUUGGCAGACUCUGACGUUGUGGUGUAGGUCUCAGCGUUGCACAGGCCGGGCCCAGUGCUGCAGGUUGUCCGGUAGGGUGCCUGCCGAGCUACAGUACAACAUGCUGUUGAUGUCAGGAGCAAAGGAGGGGAACGUGAGGAAUGGCUGAAAACUGUCGGUGAUCUUGUUAGGAAACAAACCAUGAGUGUCCGGUAUGUUUAACUGAACAUGUCACCGCCACGGGAUCAGCAUGUUAGCGACGCAUUAGCAGGCACCGUUCGUUUUGUUUUUUGGGUAAUUUAAUGGGACAACGAAAAAAAACGCAAGGUAGGCUACCGCUCCUCUCGCCAGCCCUGCUACUUUAUUUUCAUGGACUAAUACGACGCACAGGGGGGUUGAGAAAUGUUUAACAGCAAGGUAAAACACUCGUCUUCGAAGACGAUGUUUGGUUUUUAACGCUUGCCAAACCGUUAACGUGGAUAUUUUUUGUACGGGCUCGUUAAUGUAUGAAGUGCUCGGACGUUAUAUUUUGUUUUGAAAAGCGUCGGUUAGGCUUCAUCUCUUCAUGCCUCAACCGACCAACCACAUGAGAAGUCUACGUCCGGAAUAGAUUAAACCACAAAGAAAGGCCUCAUUUUUUAUCGCUUUCACCUGAACCUACGAGAAAAAAAUGCGUGUGGAUUUGUUUUGGAUGUGUUUCUGGUGUUUCCUUCGUCCUGGUGCCACCGGUCAAGAGCAAUCGACGGCCGUUUGUUCGCCCUCAUGCAGUUGCGAUGAAGAUGGAGGUGCAGACUGCUCCGGGAGAGGGCUGACCACCGUCCCAACUGGGCUCAGAGCUUUCACCUACUAUCUUGACCUGAGCAUGAACAACAUCACUGAGCUUCCAGCAUUUGUAUUCAAGAACUUCCCCUAUCUGGAAGAACUGCGACUUGCGGGGAAUGACCUGUCAUUCAUCCACCCUGAAGCCUUGUCUGGACUGCAUCUGCUCAAAGUCCUUAUGCUCCAGAAUAAUCAGCUGAAGACUGUGCCCAGUGCAGCCCUGAAGAACCUUCACUCUCUGCAGUCUCUUCGCCUGGAUGCAAAUCACAUUACCACAGUUCCAGACGACAGUUUUGAAGACCUUCAGCAGCUGCGUCACCUCUGGUUGGAUGACAACAACCUGACGGAGGUCCCCGUCGGUUCUCUGAGACACCAGGCCAACCUUCAGGCUCUGACGCUGGCACUUAACCGUAUCUCGUACAUACCAGACAAUGCCUUCGCAAACCUCACCAGUCUAGUUGUGCUACAUCUUCAUAACAACAGAAUUAAGGAGAUUGGGGACAACUGUUAUGCUGGACUACUGAACCUGGAGACACUAGAUCUUAACUUCAACAACCUGAUGGUUUUUCCCAAAGCAAUAGAGGCCCUGCCCAAACUCAAGGAACUCGGGUUUCACAGCAACGACAUUGCUUCCAUACCUGAAGGGGCCUUCCAUAACAACCCCCUGCUGCGAACCAUACAUCUUUAUGACAACCCUCUGUCCUCAGUGGGUGCUUCGGCUUUUCAGAAUCUGUCUGACCUGCACUCCCUGAUGCUGCGUGGGGCCAGCAUGAUGCAGGACUUCCCCAUCCUUACAUGGACUAACAGCCUUGAGAGUCUAACCCUGUCGGGUACCAAAAUAUCGUCCAUCCCCGCCAAUCUUUGUGAAGACCUCAAGUUGCUUCGGACGCUAGACCUGUCCUACAAUGAGAUCAAGGAGCUACCAUCCCUCCAGGGCUGCGUCCGGCUGCAGGAGAUAAGUUUUCAGCACAACCAAAUUCAACAAGUUGACAGGGGCACUUUCCAAGGUCUCUCUGCUCUCCGUUUACUAGACCUGAGUAGAAAUGCAAUCCGAGUUAUCCACAGAGAUGCUUUCCUCUCCCUCACUGCGCUCACCAACCUAGAUUUGAGUAUGAACUCUCUCACUGUGAUUCCAACAACUGGACUGAGCGCGCUCAGUCAGUUGAAACUCUCAGGGAACCCGCAGAUGAAAAAUGUGCUGACUGCGAAAAACCUGCCCAAGCUCAGGUCCAUCUCUCUCCCUUAUGCCUACCAGUGCUGUGCAUUUGUUGGAUGUGACUCAAUGACACGUUCUUCCGAGGAAUAUGACGUGAAGAAAUCUACAGGCGAGGAGGAUGUGGAAAGAAUCUCAAUGAUCAUGCAUUGCUCUCCUUCACCAGGAGCCUUCAAGCCUUGUGAGCACUUGCUGGGUAACUGGAUGAUUCGUCUGACAGUCUGGUUUAUUUGCCUGGUGUCGCUGGUCUUUAACAGCCUGGUGCUUGUGGCCACCUUCUCCCCAACACACCGAGCCGCGAGCCAUUCCCACUCCCUCACUCCGUCUCUCUCCCCAGCCCGGCUGCUGAUGGGGCUGCUGGCCCUGGCCAACCUGCUCACAGGCCUGUAUGUCGGCGUGCUGAUCGUGCUCGACGUUGCCACCUGGGGCUCGUUUGCCGAGUUUGGUGUGUGGUGGGAGAUGGGGCCUGGCUGUCAGGUCACAGGAACUCUGGCUAUCUUCUCAUCUGAGUGGGCAGUCUUGUUACUCUCGCUGGCAGCUGUGGAGCGCAGCGUGGCCGUGCGGACAAUUCUUGGCAAGGUGUUGAUGUCACCCAGAAGGAACGGCGGCAGCCAUCGCGGAUGUUGGAGAGGAGAUCGACGUUUCAGCCUUGUUGCAGGACUACUGGGGCUGCUGGCUGCUGCUGGAGCCUGUCUGCCUCUCCUGACCUCCAGUGACCAGUCCGCCUCUCCUCUCUGCCUGCCCUCCGCUGGCGGAGAGGGUCCAGCUCUGAGUGUUACAGUUGUUCUAGUGCUGCUCAACGCGUUGGCUUACCUGUUCACUGCAGCUGUGUACACCCAGCUGUACUGCCACCUGGGCAGGGUGGAGCUGGCCGAUCCAGAACAGACAGGCGCCCUGCGACACGUUGCCUGGCUCAUCUUCACCAACUGCAUCUUCUUCUGCCCCGUGGCAGCUUUCUCCUUCACCCCUCUCUUGACUGGCUCUACAGCCGGCGGCCCAGAGAUCACCAAGUCCGUCAUCCUCAUUUUCUUCCCACUGCCUGCAUGCCUGAACCCAGUUCUGUAUGUGUUCUUCAGCCCGGCGUUCAGGGAGGACUGGCUGAGACUACGCGGCCGCAGAGGAAUGACCAGGGAGGUGAAGGCUGGCGCUGAAAGUCACGGAGAUGAUGGUGGCGGAGGGUCUGAGCUCACAGACGACGGUUCCUCCACCCACCUGGGCUUUGACUGUGGGGUGUACUCACAGCUUUGUGGAGAGACGGUUAUAUGUGAUCAGUGCGAGGCUGCGCUGCAUGCCAGAACAUGCUCUUCUCCCUCGUCCUCCACGGUCUGUAGACACUUGGUGAAGUCUCACAGCUGUCCCACCCUCCUGGCGGGAGCUGCAGUGUGCCAGCGCGCUGAGAGGUUUUGGGCAGACAGCGGCACACCCUCUGCUCAGUCUGAGUACGCAGACGAGGGGGACUCAUUUGUGUCAGACAGUUCAGACCAGGUUCAGGCCUGCGGCAGAGCCUGCUUCUGUCAGAGCAGAGGCCUUCCUCUGGUACACUACUCGUACAACAUACCUCGAGUCAAGGACUAAGGACGCUUCAGAGCUCCAGUACGUCUGUGGGCACAGAUCUCUCUGUCAUGUGAAUUUAGAUCCUACAAGAAUAUAUAAUUUUUUUUUUUAUAUCGAAUAACAAAAUGUGCCAACUAAAAGACUAUUCAGCAAGCACUUAUGUUUGUAAUUACUGUGUAAACAGAGAUGCAACCAAUCAUUUAAAGGGAACUUGGUAUGCUUUAUGAACUUAGAGACCACGUGAGCUGAACUGAGCACAUCAUGUUACAAACUAGUCGACAAAGCAUCUCGCAAAGGAAAAUCUUGCCACCAGUGCCUGCCUCUUGCUUUCCUGAUGUUGCGAGCCUCAAUGUUUGUGUCAAAGGUUUUGUGAUUUCUCUGUUUUAGCUGUACUUAUAAGCUUUUUUCAAUUUUAAUGGUUACACAUCUUGUCUGUUUUCAAAGCUUCUCCACAGCAACUGUUGAUGUUAUACUUUGAUUUUUUGUUUUGUUUUUACAUAAAUGUAGCAAAUGUAAUAAUCAUUUUAGAUGUUUCUGUGUGAAUGUAACUUUUCAGGUGGUCUUCACCUACCAGAGCGGGAAACUGUAAUGUCAGCAAUAACUUUUGCCAUGCCUGCCUGUGAUCGUAAUCAGUGUGAGAAUAGUAUAAGUAAACGCCAGUCUAUAAUAAACACGUCUUUGCUUUAAGUUACUAAGACUGAGAAUGUGAUAAACGUAGCAGAUAUCACUGUUAUAGCAACAGCUGUGCUUGGUGGUGGUGAAAGAUGUUAUUUAUUGUUUGAGCAGCAGGACGGUGGAGACAAUUUCAGGUGGCCUUUGAAUGAUGAAUAUACAAUAUACCCCAAGCAUUCACCAAAACUACAGGACUUCUCCUUGUUCAAUUCUUCACCAAAAAUAGUACACACAUAAUACAGCUUUGGGUCAUUAUUGUCAUUAGCCUCAAAGAUAAUUCCAGUUAU